GCGAGUGGUGUUUUAUAAUGCCUGAGCCGGCCAAAUCCGCUCCCGCGCCCAAGAAGGGCUCGAAAAAGGCUGUCACUAAAGCCCAGAAGAAGGACGGCAAGAAGCGCAAGCGCAGCCGCAAAGAGAGUUACUCCAUCUACGUGUACAAGGUGCUCAAGCAGGUGCACCCGGAUACCGGCAUCUCGUCCAAGGCCAUGGGCAUCAUGAACUCCUUCGUCAACGACAUCUUCGAGCGCAUCGCCGGCGAGGCCUCCCGCCUGGCGCAUUACAACAAGCGCUCCACCAUCACGUCGCGGGAGAUCCAGACGGCCGUGCGCCUGCUGCUGCCCGGCGAGUUGGCCAAGCACGCCGUGUCCGAGGGCACCAAGGCGGUCACCAAGUACACCAGCUCUAAGUGAGUCCCUGCCGGGACACGGCGCUCGUAUGAGUCGCCGGCCGCUUGACUCCAAAGGCUCUUUUCAGAGCCACCCACCUAAUCACCA